AUGUCCAAAACAUAUCAGAAUGUCCUGGACUUCUGGUUCGGCCCCAAAUCCUCUCGCGACUAUCUGAAACAAAAGUCUUUCUGGUACGGCAGUCCUGCAGAUGACGCCUAUGUCCGAAAGCAUCUUGGUGAAUCGUACCAGGCAGCCAAAAAUGGUGAUUUCGACUCCUGGCCUAGCAUUGGGAAGGGCGAGGGGGCACUGGCUCUGAUUUUGUUACUCGACCAAGUCCCCCGGAACAUCUUCCGUGGCACGCCACAGGCAUAUGCCACAGACUCCAAGGCCGUGUCAAUUGCCCGAAUUGCAGUGGACCAUGGCUGGGAUAAGGAGUUCCCUGAUAUCCAGAAACGCUAUAUCUAUUCGCCUUUCAAUCACUCCGAGAAUCUGAAGGAUCAAGAAUUAUCCGUUAUACUUUUCACGGAUCUGGGGGAUUCUUAUCAUCUACAUUGGGCGAAGAAUUUCCAUGAACAGAUCAAGCAAGAUGGACGAUUCACUCAUCGUGAUCAUAUUCUGGGAAGAUAA